AUGUUCGCCCAAAGACCCUCGUUCCGCUUCCUGGCCACGGGCGCCCUCGUCUCGAUCCUCACCUUUACAUUCCUGAUCUUCGGCACGAGCUCCUCUCGCAAUGCAGCAUCACGAUACAUUCUAAAGACAAAUCGCCCGGGAUCAUCAUCUCAAGCACACUGCGCGCAGGAUACAUCCCCGACUCUGUCCAACAGCAGCUGGGAAUUUAUCGCCGAGCGCGAUGCAUUGAACCAUGGACUGUCUGACGAGCAGUGCCGGAUUGCCUUUCCCAAGCUCUUUGUGGAAGUUGACAAGUCCGUUUCUUUGAAGCAAGAGGCACAAAUAACUUACAAGGAUCUGGACUCGAGAGAGGUGGAGGAUGGCAUGGUUCGCGCGGUUAUCGACAAGGGCCAGCUCUGCAUUGUCGAAUAUGCUCCAAUGCCCGUCACGGCCUCACGAGGACGCGCGACACUCAACUCCCUCCAUCGAGCCUUGAUGGCCUUCCCCGAGCGGCAUCUUCUCCCGAGCAUCGAAUUCAUCUUCACCACAGAGGACUUUGCCAAUGAUCCCACAGGCCGGGGCCCAGUGUGGGCCUAUUCCAAGCGCGAUGCAGACGACUCGGUCUGGUUGAUGCCAGACUUUGGAUACUGGGCUUGGCCCGAAGUCCCGAUCGGACCUUAUCACGAAGUCCGGCGACGCAUCGCCGCAAUCGACGACGGCGAAACCGCGACCGAUGGAACAUACUCGCCAGGCCUACAGUUCCAGGAUAAAAAGAAACAGCUCGUCUGGCGCGGCAGUCUGGCCACAAACCCCGGCAUCCGCAGCAAACUGCUCAAGUCCGCCCAAGGCCGGAGCUGGGCCAGCGUGCGAGUAAUCGACUGGGACGACGAGAACGACAUCCGCUUCAAUCUCCUCCCAAUCGAAGACCACUGCCGCUACAUGUUCCUUGCCCACACCGAGGGCCGCAGUUUCUCCGGUCGCGGCAAGUAUCUUCUCAACUGUCGAUCCGUGGUGAUAUCGCACCCACUCACCUGGCGGGAAGCGCACCAUGCCGCGCUGAUCGCGUCCGGCCCGGACGCCAACUACGUCCAGGUGGAAGCAGACUUUUCGGAUUUACCGAGGAAAGUGGACUUUUUGAUUGAUAACCCGCAGGUUGCACAGCGCAUUGCUGAGAAUGCGGUGCGCACGUUCCGGGAUCGGUAUCUGACGCCUGCGGCUGAGUCUUGUUAUUGGAGAUAUCUUGUGAGGCAGUAUGCCUCGGUGUUGGACUUUGAGCCUGUGCUAUUUGCGACUGGUCGCGAUGGGAAAGUGACUCCACGAGGGAUGCCGUUUGAGACGUGGUUGUUGAUGCAUUGA